CCUACUUUAAUAAAACUGAAUUCCCAGCUUCUCAAUCGAUCGAGCCACGUGACAGCUCGUUUUCGCGAAACAAGCACAUCACCCUUGCAAAUCACUCUUGCAAAUCAGGUAUAUGCGCUGCGUCAACCGUUUGGGGUUUAGCCUAGGGCGGCUAUUGCUAGACUUUUAGUAGCCUAUAUCAGAACAUGGCUAGGUUUGUAGUAGAGGUGUUUCUUGUCCUUGUUCUCUCCGCCACCAAUGCGGCGCAGGAGGAGGUCAUUGAUGUGAUUCUAGCCAGUCUCGCCAAAAGCGCAUCGUUCCUGGAGCAAGAGCACCGUAACAUCAACCUGGACGGAGUGGUCGGGUACAUCAUCCUGCAGGCGGAGUUGAAGGAAGCAGUGAGAACGUGGCCCCACACUGACCCUCUGAGCUGGUCUCAGCGCAUAUUAUCGGUAACCCUGGUCAGGAGGCUGGACCAGAGCCUGGCUAAGGCUGUCACCCAGCUGGAGAAGACUGACCCCAAAUACUACAGAGAGUUUGAGCCUCUGUUGAGCUGGACCUUCUGGUCAGUACCUCAUGAGUGGAGCUCCACAGAUCCCUCUCUGGCCUACUCCUCUGGUCGAACCAUGGAGUGUUACGAUGAGACGCAGAGCGACAAGUGUAUGACCCUGCUACUGGGAACAUGGAAGAACAACGGGACCCCUUGCAUCGUGACCAAGUCAUGUCGUGACACAAUGACGAGGUUUGGAUGUCCUAACUACUCCCUCUCUCACCAGCUGCUCUACUUCAUGCUGGGAGCCAAUAGAGGUUGUUCUGCCAUGUUGAAGGGGGACAUGCGUACGUCGCGUGCUAACCUAACAGAGAGACAGUACCAGGGGACAUUCUGCUCCAACAUGCUGAAGGGAAACAUGGACAUCAUACAGAAGAACUUCACUGGGGAGACCCAGGACAUCUUCAUCGAAAACAUACUGCUGUGUGGAUUGGCUGGUUUCUCUGACUUUCUCAAAGUUGAUUGGCUGCAGCACAUUCUGAGGCUGCAGGAUCAGGAAGUGGGAUGUUUUACACAGCCCCACAGAAGAGUGAAGAGGAGAGAGAGAAUGUUGAAGGAUGGUUGUUCCAGUCACAUAACAGGCGUGUCAGUGAGCGCUCUGGGAGGAUACCUCAACUACUACCUGACAGAGCAGGACAUCACCAAGAGACCACUCACCUGAAUGUCAACCACCCUUCACCUGAAUGUGUGACCCUUCACCUGAAUGUCAACCACCCUUCACCUGAAUGUCAACCACCCUUCACCUGGAUGUCAACCACCCUUCACAUGGAUGUCAACCACCCUUCACCUGGAUGUCAACCACCCUUCACCUGGAUGUCAACCACCCUUCACCUGGAUGUCAACCACCCUUCACCUGGAUGUGUGACCCUUCACCUGGAUGUCAACCACCCUUAACCUGGAUGUGUGACCCUUCACCUGGAUGUCAACCACCCUUCACCUGGAUGUGUGACCCUUCACCUGGAUGUCAACCACCCUUCACCUGGAUGUGUGACCCUUCACCUGGAUGUGUGACCCUUCACCUGGAUGUCAACCACCCUUCACCUGGAUGUCAACCACCCUUCACCUGGAUGUGUGACCCUUCACCUCGAUGUCAACCACCCUUCACCUGGAUGUGAACCACCCUUCACCUGGAUGUGUGACCCUUCACCUGGAUGUGAACCACCCUUCACCUGGAUGUCAACCACCCUUUACCUGGAUGUCAACCACCCUUCACCUGGAUGUCAACCACCCUUCACCUGGAUGUCAACCACCCUUUACCUGGAUGUUAACCACCCUUUACCUGAAUGUCAACCACCCUUCACCUGGAUGUGUGACCCUUCACCUGGAUGUGUGACCUUUCACCUGGAUGUCAACCACCCUUCACCUGAAUGUGUGACUCUUCACCUGGAUGUGUGACCCUUCACCUGGAUGUGUGACCCUUCACCUGAAUUUCAACCACCCUUCACCUGAAUGUCAACCACCCUUCACCUGAAUGUCAACCACCCUUCACCUGGAUGUGUGACCCUUCACCUGAAUGUCAACCACCCUUCACCUGGCUGUGUGACCCUUCACCUGGAUGUCAACCACCCUUCAACUGGAUGUCAACCACCCUUCACCUGGAUGUGUGACCCUUCACCUGGAUGUGUGACCCUUCACCUGGAUGUCAACCACCCUUCACCUGAAUGUCAAGCACCCUUCACCUGAAUGUCAAGCACCCUUCACCUGAAUGUCAACCACCCUUCACCUGGAUGUCAACCACCCUUCACCUGGCUGUCAACCACCCUUCACCUGGAUGUCAACCACCCUUCACCUGGAUGUCAACCACCCUUCACCUGGAUGUCAACCACCCUUCACCUGGAUGUCAACCACACUUCACCUGGAUGUGUGACCCUUCUCCUGGAUGUCAACCACCCUUUACCUGGAUGUCAACCACCCUUUACCUGGAUGUCAACCACCCUUCACCUGGAUGUGUGACCCUUCACCUGGAUGUGAACCACCCUUCACCUGGAUGUCAACCACCCUUUACCUGGAUGUCAACCACCCUUCACCUGGAUGUGUGACCCUUCACCUGGAUAUGUGACCCUUCACCUGGAUGUGUGACCCUUCACCUGGAUGUGUGACCCUUCACCUGAAUGUGUGACCCUUCACCUGGAUGUGUGACCCUUCACCUGGAUGUGUGACCCUUCACCUGGAUGUGAACCACCCUUCACCUGGAUGUGUGACCCUUCACCUGGAUGUGAACCACCCUUCACCUGGAUGUGUGACCCUUCACCUGGAUGUCAACCACCUUUCACCUGGAUGUCAACCACCCUUUACCUGGAUGUCAACCACCCUUCACCUGGAUGUCAACCACCCUUCACCUGGAUGUCAACCACCCUUCACCUGGAUGUCAACCACCCUUCACCUGGAUGUGUGACCCUUCACCUGAAUGUCAACCACCCUUCACCUGGAUGUGUGACCCUUCACCUGGAUAUGUGACCCUUCACCUGGAUGUGUGACCCUUCACCUGAAUGUGUGACCCUUCACGUGGAUGUGUGACCCUUCACCUGGAUGUGUGACCUUUCACCUGGACAUGUGUCCUAAAUAGCACCCAAUUAUUUACUUAUACCACUACCUCUGACCAGGCAAACCCAUAGGGCUCUGGUGAAAAGUAGUGCACUAUGUAGGGCAGUGUGUAUCCAUCCUCUCUUGGGGACACCCAGUCGUUCUAUUGCACAGCACCAGGGGUGGAAACUACUUAACUAGUACUUUAAAGUAAUUUUACUUCAGUAGUUUUUGGAGGAAUCUGUACUUUACUAUUUAUAUUUUGGACAAUUUUACUUUUAUUUCACUACAUUCCUAAAGAAAAUAAAUGCACUUUUUCCUCCCAACAUUUUCCCCGACACCCAAAAGUACACGUUACAUUUUGAAUGCUUAGCAGGAGAGGAAAAUGGUCAAAUUCACACACUUAUCAAAAUAACAUCCCCUGGUCAUCUCUACUGCCUCUGAUCUGGCAGACUC